AUGGCAAACCUCCUUCAAUACGCGAAUACCUACCACGCCUACAUCUUCGGAACAAGUUUCUGGUACUUCCUCCGCGGAAUCGUGCGAAUAAUCGAUCCCGCCACAGUCUGCAAUUGGUUCCGCCCCCCAAUCGACAUGCCCAUCAAACCAAACGACCUCGAACUCUACACCCUCCGCACCGACGCCUUUUGUCUCCUCACCCUCUCUGCAACAUUACUCAUCCUCGCCGACGCAAUCCCCCUGCCCCAAAAUCUCACGGGUUCUCAACUCUCGGAAUUUCCAGCAACGACGACAAAGCAAAAGAAACCUUAUGCGAAAGCUGUAAUUUUGAUAACGGUGUUACAUCAUGUCGCUACAGGGAUUGGGGCGUUUUCGCAUUGGAGUAGGCCGAGUCAUUGGACGGUUGCGAUGGAGAUUGGGGUGUAUGGGAAUGUGGAUCACGAUGGCGUUAUGAGGUUCAUCGAGACUAAGUGA